AGCAACAAUGAAGUCUGCUUUGGUAUUAUUUUACUUGGUUAACGCAGCGUUUGCUGGUGCGCUUACCGGGAGCUAUCUUCCCGUUGGUGGUGGACCGGGUGGGUACUACGGAUCGGGCAGCAGUUACCAUCAAUAUGGCUCUGGUGGACAUGGAGGGUUAGGUGGACAUGGAGGGUUUGGUGGACAUGGAGGAUUAGGUGGACAUGGAGGGUUAGGUGGACACGGCGGUGGUGCUUUCCGAUAUGGACAAGGCCAAGGUGGUUAUUAUCCAAGUCAUGGUGGUUUCGGCAUUGGUCCGGGAGGUGCAGGCGGCGGCAGCCAUUUUUCGGUAGGACAACCUGGUUUCGGUGGUCAGGGUGCGAGCAGCGGUCAUGGAGAAGUAAGUUAUUUCCCUAAAAUCUCAUAUGACGCCAACGCUUACGAGCAUGGCAGUGGAGAUGCUUUGCCCGGUGCUGCUGAUAGUCAAGUACACUUUUACGGCGCACCAAGUGCAGGCCACACGCGCCUCCAAAUCCGUUUGGGUGCAGCCCCGAUAAAAACCCGCGUACUGUUCGUCAAGUCGCCCGACGCAAGUUCGUCCAUCAUACCCGAAAUUGUUGCCCCUCAAGGCGCGUCCGAAGACAAAACCACGGUCUAUGUGCUAUCCAAAAAACAAGAAGCUCACGGAUCAAUUACCAUUCCAUCCGGCAUUGCAGGAGGUAACACUGUGCAAAGCAAACCCGAAGUCUACUAUCUCAAAUACGACAACCAACACGACGCCGAGCGGGCUGUUGCUGAAACUCUUGGAGGUCACGGUGGUGGCGAACAUGUUGUUUCUCAAGACAAAAAUACGUUUGUGAAAACUUUAGAAGAUGGACAUCACGGUGGACACGGUUUCUCAAGGGGUCACGGUUUGGUUCAUGGAGGACACGGUGGGCUCGGAUCUGGAUCAACGGGAAUUUCGUACACCACUUCCGGAGGAAGUAAAUACGGUACUCCAGGAGCUAGUGGACCUUACUGAUCUUAAUUUAUUUCUAUAAGAACUAUCACUUUUAUUUUACUUAUUUAAUAAAUAUUUAAGCCUACCAACAACGUGUGGCGUCCUUUCA